GGAGGACCAUGAGGAGCAAGAAGAAAGCACAACACAGCUGAACCAGGCAAGCUCAAGCAACAUCCAGUCUGCUUUCAACACAGGAGGUUCUAACACUGAUAACAGCAAUGAAGUUUUCUGGCUCUUUCUUGUACCUGGUUGCCUUGGCACUGCUGGUGCAUGGCGUGCCAGCUGCAAUGGGACGGAGGCUGCAUUUCGGGAAGUGUGUAGUCAGCGUCCAGAUUCACGAGCUGAGGGAAUAUUUCAGUGAGAUACGAAAAACAAUUGUUGGUGAAGAUGGGAACUCAGGUGUGCGACUGCUGAAGGAACAUGCAAUGAUGAAUAUUAAGCCCUUGGAGAGUUGCUGCUUCCUUCGUCAACUCUUGCGGUUCUACGUGGAGAGUGUGUUCAACCGCUACACCCCCAAGGACUCUCAGAUCAGGAGACGCACCAGCAGCCUAGCCAACUCAUUCCUCAGCAUCAAUCGAGACCUACGCCAAUGUCAUGCACAUCUGCACUGCCAAUGUGACGAAGAAACCAAGAAGAGAAUUGAAGCUAUCCAGAGCACUUUUGAAAAGUUGGAUGUCAAUGCUGCCACUGUGAAGGCCAUUGGUGAGCUGGAUUAUCUGUUGGACUGGAUAGAAACACAUCAUCACCACUGAAGACACACAUGAACAGCCCUUAUCUGGACAGUAAUGAAAACUAGAGAGAGAGAGAGAGAGAGAGAGAGAGAGAGAGAGAGAGAGAGAGAGAUUCUUUUUUUUAAUUUAAUGUUAUUUAAAGUCUUUUUUGUUGGUUUUUUGCCAUGGCAUGUUAACUUAAACUAUUUAUUAACUUUUAUUUACAUACUUAUUUAAGGUAUUUAUAUGAAAAUGUAAGCUGUUAUAUAGUUGGGAAUUUAAAAAUGCACAUGUGAAUUGAAAGGAUAGAAUUUGGAUUUGCUAUUUAUUAUCAAAUAAAAAUACUUUGAA